GCGGCGAGUCGGUCUGCGCGCACACUUAGCCCGAACGCGGCCCCGGUUUCAAGCGACUCCCGACUCCUCUCCUUUAACCUCUCUUGCCUCUCAUCCACCUCUUCCCCGCCUUCCCCCCCCCUCCACCCCCUCCCGUGCGGGAGGGAAGAACCUCGUGAGGACGAGAAGUGGUCAGAGUGGAGAGUUGAAGCGGGCUCGUGGUGCUUGCUGUCAUUGCUGCUGCUGUUGUUAUCGGUGGUGGCAGCGGUACAAGCCUCAUCGUUAAUCGUCGUGGUCCUCGCUAUUAUUUACUGUUAUUUUAGUUUCUUCCUCCCGUGUUUUUUUGUUGUUGUUGUUUUAUGUUGUUUAUUCCAUCAUCACGUUGAAUCUACGCCACCCGCUUCCGCGCCAUGUCCAUGAGCCCCAAGCACACGACGCCCUUUUCGGUCACCGACAUCCUGAGCCCCAUCGAGGAGAGUUUCAAGAAAGUGGACAUGGACAUUGCUGCCGCGAUGGGCUCCACCAUGUGUUCGGCUUACCGCUCCGCUGUGCAGGUCAGCCAGCACCACCACCCUCACCACCACCACCACCAGCACCACCACCAGCAGCAGCAACAGCAGCAUCAGCAACAACAACAACAACAACAGCAGCAGCACACGCAGCAACAACAGCAGCAGCAGCAGCAGCAUCAGCCCAGCGCCCAGCAGCACAUGGUCGGUCACGGCGUGUCGGCGGUCACGACGCCCUACGCGACCAUGUCGCACGGGGUCCCGCAGUUGUCGCACGCGGCCGCAGCCGCAGCUGCCGCGGCAGUCGGCGGCUACUGCAACGGGAGCCUCGGGGGCCUGGGGGCAUUGGCGACGGAUCUUCCCUCCUACCAGGACGGAGUCCAUCGCUCGACCGCCACGGCCGCCGGCUGGUACGGAGCGAGUCAAGACCCGAGGUUUUCUACAAUCACCCGCUUCAUGCACGGCUCCUCUUCGGGCAUGAACAUGGCUGGGAUGAGCGCCCUCGGGGGCCUCACGGACGCAUCCAAGCCCAGCCUGGGCGCCCUGCAUUCGGCCCCACGUCGCAAGCGUCGGGUGCUGUUCUCGCAGGCGCAGGUCUACGAGCUGGAGCGCCGCUUCAAGCAGCAGAAGUACCUGUCGGCGCCCGAGCGCGAGCACCUGGCCAGCAUGAUCCACCUCACCCCGACGCAGGUCAAGAUCUGGUUCCAGAACCACCGCUACAAGAUGAAGCGGCAGGCCAAGGACAAGGCGGCGCAGCAGUUGCAGCAGGACUCAAGCGGAGUGUCGCAGCAGCAGCAGCAGCAGUCGCCACGGCGAGUUGCCGUGCCGGUGUUGGUGAAGGACGGGAAGCCGUGCCCCGUGAACAGCGGCGGCGGUGGCGGGCACCACCACCAUCACCACCAUCACCCCGUCGGAUGCGCGUCGUCUUCAUCGUCCACGGUUAGCACCUCUUCAUCAUCCUCGUCCUCUUCGUCGUCGUCGUUGUCAUCAGCAGCAGCGGCGGCGGCGGCAGCGGCGUUGGCAGCAGCGGUAACGUCAUCCGCGGCCUCAUCCGCUGUGUCGUCAUCCUCCCACCACAUCAUCUCUACCACCUCCUCCUCCUCGUCUUCGGGCGGGAGCCUUUUGGGCGGCGGCUCGCUACAGAUCCACCAAGCGGCUCUGCACCAUCACCACCACCAGCAGCAGCAUCAUCAGCAGCAGCAGCAUCAUCAGCAGCAUCACCAUCAGCACCAGCAGCAGCAGCACCACCAUCAGUCGCUGCAGGCGAGCCCGGCGGAUGCGUCGGAGCUCUCGCCGAGCCCCCCCUCCCUGGCGCACACUCCCGUGGGCGCCAUGGCGCAGAUCGUGGGACAGACGCCCGAUUUCAGCGUCGCAAUGGCUAGUCCCAACCUCCUCUUUGGUAGCGCGUGGUGACUCUUCUGUCCGCUUGACGUUCAAGCGCCAUCCUCUUGGUGUUUUCGUUGUUGUGUUGUUGCUGCUGCUGCUGUUGUUUGUUUGUUUCCGGUGAGAUGCAAACCGUUCAAACUCUCCUCCUCCUCCUCUUCACCAACACUGACCCAGCACACUCACCCACCGCUCGGCUAUGUGCUCGAUGCAACAAUGCUGCUGCUAUUUGAUUGCUGUUGUGCACAUGCAAGCUCCCACAUUUUGGACAAUGAACUGGUGGAUCAAGACCACCCCCUCCACGUGGGGGUCAUUUAACCAUACUUCACCACACCGGUCAGCGCGGAUUGUCGGAAGGCGGUGGAGCAUUAACAAUGUUGAGAGUUAUUCGACCAUAAUUCACCACGCUGGUGAAGGGGUUUUUUUAGGGAGCGCGCACACGUAGGAACCAUAGAUGUGCAGUGCAACAAUGGAUGUGUUCUGCACUGACCUCGGUUGACUCGGUAGGCGCCCGUCCCAAGCAGUGGCCAGGCACAAGCCUGCUUAGAUUGCAAGCUCUGAAGAUAUCCGGAAUAUUCCGGUGGGAUUGUGUUCAUUGGCAUCAUGAUGAUGGUGGUGGUUGGUUGGUGGUGAUGAUGAUGAUAAUUAUCAUUGUGACAAAUUUUUGUUCUACUUGCCCACCCGACCCCUUGUUCUCCCCAGGCAUUCAACUGUGUGUGAAUAUAAUACUAAUAGUGUCUGUUAAGCGGUGAGAGAUACAUCGUCAUCGGCAUCAUUAUCUGCAUGUUAAGUCAUAGGCCUAAAACCGGAAAGUAGAACUACGCUAAAACAACACGCGGCUCUGCGAGGUGUUUUCGGUGUUACCG